AUGCAUUGGCACAAUCAACCGCGAGGCGGCACUGGCCGCCCUCAUAAGCGACGACGGUGUAGCGAUGUGACCCGCGCGGAAGCUUUCCAGAUUCGCUUUCUCCGGGAACGCCGGCUCCAGGGCCUUCUGUGGACGUCAAUUGCCGUCGCCGCGUACAUCCUCGCGUAUUCACUGGCGACCACCAACGCGGGCACUGACUUCGGAGACUGGCCGCGGAGCUGGGAACUACCCAUUCAGGAGCCGAUUGACGAGUUCUUUGAGUGGACCGGCGAUGCCUUCGCCUGGUUCUUCAAUCCAAUCUCCGACUUCAUAGAUGCGGGCCUCGCUGGGAUAGACACGUUCCUGCUCUGGCUCCCCUGGCCAGUUGUCGUGGCGGCGGCAUCGAUGUUGGGCCUCAGGCUCGGCGGCAGGUGGCUGGGGCUGUUCUGCGGCGCGGCCGCCCUGUUCAUCGGCCUCAACGGGUUCUGGGACUCCGCGAUGCUCACUCUGAGCGUAGUAGGGGUUUCAGUAAUCAUCGCUGUGGGACUGGGGGUACCAGUCGGCGUAUUCGCUGCCUUCAGCAGUCGCUUCGAGUCAGUCGUUCGUCCGAUUCUAGACACCAUGCAGGUCCUGCCUGCCUUCGUUUACCUCAUUCCCGCGCUGGUCUUAUUCGGAGUGAGCGGCACUCAGGGUAUCUUCCUUACGGUGGUCUACUCGAUCCCUCCUGUCAUCAGGCUCACCAACCUGGGGAUUCGCCAGGUCCCCCAGGCCGCCGUCGAGACAGCGCACUCGCACGGUUCGACUACAUCCCAAACGCUGUUUCAGGUGCAGCUGCCACUGGCAAAGAGCUCGAUCAUGGUGGGCAUAAACCAGACAAUAAUGAUGGCGGUUUCCAUGGUGAUCAUAACCGCGCUCGUGGGAGUGGAGGGACUCGGCAGGGACGUAUGGCUCUCAUUGAGGGAGGUGGAUGCGGGAGAAGGGCUGGAGAGCGGCAUCGCCAUUGUGCUCCUGGCCAUCAUCCUGGACAGGUUUAGCUACGCCCUCGUAAAGUCCGGUCCCAACUCCUCUGAAUCUGUUCUGGCCGUCAGUCAGCGUGCCGAUGAGACGGCCGCCCAAAAAAUUCAGAACAUGGCUGCACGCUACACUCUUCCCAUUGCCGGCGUGGGCCUGAUAGCUAUCCUGCUGGUUCUUGGCUCCCUGUUCGGGUCACUGAGAGACUUCCCUGACGAGCUUACGUUCUCGAUGGCGGACCCCGUCAACCGGGUCUUCGACUGGAUGGCAGUCAACCUUUACUUCAUCACAAGCUGGGUACGGGACACCCUGUUCCGGGAGCUCGGUUACUCACCUAUUCACACGCUGCUCCUCUGGCUCCCCUGGCCGGCGUUGAUGAUCGUCGCGGCCGGGCUGGCCUGUUUCAUUGCGGGCAGGCGCGCGGCGCUUCUCGCGCUGGUGGGGCUGGCCUUCGCAGGCAUCGGCGGGGUUUGGGACGCGACCAUGGACACCUUGAGCCAGGUGCUGACCGCGGGAGUGUUCACGGUGGUGGUGGGUGUCGCUCUGGGCAUUCUCGCCGCACAGAGCAGGGCCUUCGAGUCAGUCCUACGGCCCAUUCUGGACACCAUGCAGACCAUGCCGAUCUUCGUCUACCUGAUCCCGGUCAUAAUGCUCUGGGGUGUCGGGCCCCUGGUCGGCAUCAUUGCCACCUCGGUGUACGCGCUGCCUCCGGUGAUUCGCAUGACCAGCCUCGGAAUCAAGGAGGUACCGGCACAGGUUAUCGAGACGGCCCUGUCGCACGGCUCGACCGCCUUCAGACCAUGCUCCAAGUCAAGAUACCCCUGGCCUUCCCAACGAUUAUGA